AUGGCCGACCACACCGUCAUUGUCCAGUUCAAGAAGGCUUCUUCCCCUGAAGACCGUAAGAAGGCCAUCUCCGAGCUCACCUCCAAGGGCGCCAAGAUCGUCUCGGACGAGAACGCCGACUCUACGAGUAUGUCCCCCUCUCAUAUCAAAUCAAAUAGGCUAGGGGGGAAGGGUAAGAACGAGAGCUAA